AUAACGCACAGAUGACAAGGCUUAUUAUUGAGUUUAUUUGAAGUUCAUAUACACAGUACGGUAUCGCACGUACCAUCAGUUGGGGACUGACCCACUAUAUGUCUAUGUAGUUGUGUCUAUGUCAGGACGAAAUGGACAUCUCCUUGCACAGCUCGACAGGUAUUAAUCACAGGUAUACACACAUAGGUUUCACCUGUUGUGAACACAAAGCUCAACCCCUCCGUAUGGAACGGGUCAGACGCCGUGUGCUGUGUUAGCCGAAGAUGAAAUGGAUCCCGGUUCGCAGCGACGAUCGGCAUGUCUGUUUUGGAUACUGACGUUGAGCACUUUUGUCUGUACAACUAUAUACCUAUCUAUGUGUACAGUUGAAGUACCACUGUCAAGUCAGGAACCAUGCGCCUACAUAGAGGGGUUAACCGUCACAACGGUCAUUGCUUUUCUCUGCGGAAUCUUUUGGUAUUGUUACAAACAAAAGAUGCGAUACGGUACUUCUCUUGAGUACUACCUCCAUCCUCUGCCGCUGUUUGCUGACGGCACUGAGCCCGAGACCAUUCCCGUACCUGAUGGUCAGCCAACCAUGGCCGAGAGGAUGUUACAAAGCGACAUGCUUAAACCACUAAUUAGUGACGACAUCCCUGAAGACUUUGAAUGUGCCAUUUGUAACGAUAGCGAACAUUCCAUCACUCAUAAAGUAACACGACUAAGCUGCAGUCACGUGUUUCACCGGGAGUGUGUGCUGCGGUGGUUUCUAAGCACGAGUAAGAAGACAUGUCCCAUCUGUAGGACGAGCCAGGUCCCGGAGGGACGUCUCCUUGUCAUCACAAUAAUCCCACAGGAGGGAAGACAACCUGUCAGACUCUCGCAGGUAUGACAAUCCGGUGGCACAUGUAAGGUGGGGAUCUGAUGCGUCAUCUACCGUGCUUGUUUCUGGAAAGUCAAGAUCGCUUCCGGCAACAGAACUGAGUCUAGCAUUAUGUGCCAGUAGUCACGUUAUGAUUGAUGCCAUGUUAAUGCAAUUGUUCGAAUCGUAUUAUGGCAGAAUGAACCAAACUCCAAUACGUUACAAGUGUCUUGCACAGAUUACUCCUUCACAAUGGAGUAACCAUUUGUAAAACCCGUGUUACUGAUGAAAACAGACGAACCUGUUCAUAAAUUAACAUGUGGGCCUUUCAGUUUAUUUUUAUAAGAGAACCAUUAAAAUUAAGACCAACGUAAUUACGUUUUUCCUAAAUGAAUUUUGUACAGACACAUUUUAACAAUAAAGGACCGCACGACAUUGGUUCAUGUUUAAAGUGCAUGCCAAUGAUGUUUAUCUUUCAAAGAUUACGUUUUGCUCCAGUAAUUAAUCGACCGCGCAUGUGUGAAAAUAACCACGUGCACAUCUACAACGGGGGACUCAAAUCUAAAAUCGGUCUUAUUCAUGGUAAAAUAAUUAAUUACAAUGUUGAACACAUGUGCUUUAUACCAUAUAUACACAUCAUAUAUUAGCGUGUCCAACACCUGUGACAUUGUAUGACGAUUCUAAUUAUAGAAAAUGUGUUGCAAAUGUGUUUAUAAGUGUAUGGUUGUGGUUGUAAUUAUGUACAUAUGAUGUGUGUAAACUGUGGAUGUUUUAUGAGCAUGUGAAAGAGCUUUCAUGUUUGACGAAUGUGAGAAGACUGCAGUGAAUGUACUAGUACAAUUAAGAAGAGAAGAGUGUAUCCACUUUCUUUAUUUUGUUAUUUUAUUUAUGUGACCGUUAUAAAUGAUUUACAAUAUUGUUCAUUGUUUGUAUAUAAGCAUGACCAUUGAACUAAGAGACGAAUAUCAACAAAAGAUUUAAGUGCUUUAAAAUGUUGAAUAAAUGAA